GGAUUCUCUCUACAGUUUCAAUUCAGAAGUCAGACAGUUCUAUGAAUUUUAUUAGCCAUCACUCUCCACCUAAAUUAUAGGUAGCAGCAGCCACAAGGCUCCACACAAAACUCAAAGAUUGACUUCUGUGCAGAAAAAUACACAAAAAAGCAAGGAAAAAGAAAAAAAGUUUUUUGUCUUUAUACUCCUUAAGGAGUGUACUAAAUUAGAAAAAUACCUAAUACCCUUUUCUCUCUCUGUCCUCACAUUUUACUGUAAUCUUCAAGAUACUUGUGAAUUAUUGGUCCCUUUUUAUUCUCCCUUUGAAUUUUGCCUUUGAAAUCUUGAAUUUGGUGUCCAUUAUAAAGUUGGCUGCUUUCUUGGGUAUGCUGCCUUUGGUUUUUUGGGGGCUCUAGAGAAAGUUUAGAAACAGUUACCCAAUAUUUAAUUCUUGAUUUGGUCUGCUAGUUGUGCUACAAUUUUGCACAAAAUCAGUCUAUUUUUUUAACUUAAGCAGUGAAUCUGAAGGUGGAAGCUGGGACAAAGUUCAGCUCUGGCUCUUAUGUACGUUAGGGGCAAAGUCGGCGUACUCAUUAACCUCCUCAGACCCCACUUGUCAGAAUAUACUAGAUUUGUUGUCGUUGUUGUUGUUGUUGUGCUCACUUUCAGUUCAAGCAGUCACCUUGAUUUUGUGAGUUCAAAAAAGUGAACUUUUUUUAAUAAUGGAACCUCAAAAAAUAGUUACUAUGGCAAAAUCACCUGUUGUUUAUGACCCUUUGAAACCAAAGUCUGAUUCUAUUGGGGUUCUUGAUGUUUAUGUACAUCAAGCUAGAGAUAUUCAUAACAUAUGCAUAUAUCAUAAACAAGAUGUUUAUGCAAAGAUUUACUUAAUUAGUUAUCCAGAAGAAGCUGUUUCGACGGAUACUAUUAAUGGUGGGGGAAAGAAUCCAGUUUUUAAUCAGAGUCUUCGACUCAAUGUUAAGAGUGUUGAAACAUCAGUGAGAUGUGAGAUUUGGAUGAUGAGUAGGGUUAAGAAUUAUUUGCAAGAUCAGUUGUUGGGAUUUACCUUAGUUCCUCUUUGUGAUGUUCUUGCUGAGAAUGGAAAGCUAGAACAGGAAUUCUCCUUGUCGUCGAGUGAUCUCUUCCAUUCCCCGUCCGGUUUUGUGCAAUUGACACUAACAUAUACUGGUGCAACUCCAGAAGUCUUAGAGAUUCCCACACCAGGCCAUUCUUUGGCUGCAGCAAAUGACUGUGACGAAGGUCGUGGAAUCGCUGACAGUAUUCCUUGUGAGUUGGUUAACAUUGAAUUCCCGGAUCCCAAAAUUGUGAAUGAAAAUGAAAGAAUGGUUACUGAGUAUUAUUCAAUUCCCUGCACUGAGUUGGAUAGUCAAAGCUCUGAGCAUAUCAACUCCACGGAAAAUGGUGAUCACAUCUCUCCCGAGAACGUUGAGCGUACGUCAGAAAGUGCGGUUGUUGAAGGUCAAGAUGCCACUGAAAUCAAGAAGUUAGAGACUUCAACCAGAGUUUCUCAAUCAAACUCACCAUCUGUUUGUGACACCAAACAAACAUCAAACUCUCCGAUCGAGGAGUCUGUAUUGCCUCUGAAGGAUGGUAGUAAAGACAGUGCCAAAGAGGUCGAUAGCACCACGCCUUCUAUUGCUGUUAGCACGUUCACACCUCCAGUUGUCAACGUGAGCAUUGUACCAGAGCAAAAGGUUGUGCAGCAAGAGAUAGUCGAUAUGUAUAUGAAAAGCAUGCAGCAAUUCACGGAAGCUCUAGCAAAGAUGAAACUUCCUCUGGACAUGGAAAGUGGAUUAGCCGUCCAAAAUGGAAAUGACAACACAGAGAGCUCCGGUUCAAGUGAGAAACCACAAGCGCGUCCAAGCGGCCAAAGCCCAAGAGUGUUUUAUGGCAGCAGGGCCUUCUUCUGAACUGUGGUUCCAAUUGAAAAGGUUCACAAAAGAAGUUGCUUGUAUUUUUAAAAUCUGCUUGAAUUUACUAGCUUGUAGUUGAGCUUAGACUGAAAUAUUUCCAGUUUAAUUAGUAUAAUCAGGAAGAGGUUUUCCUUGAACUUCUGCCUUUUCUGUAUUAUGAAUUGUCUUUACAUCUUUCAUUUUCUAACACUGAUCUCAAGAAGUUAUGAAUCUUUCAUUUCCUAACACUUA